AAAUUUUUUACUUCACAACUUGAAGAUUUUUGGAAUAAAGAUUUAAAUCUUGAAAUAGCUAAUAAUAAUAAAGAUAAUACAGAUAGUAGUUUAUCUGUUUCUUAUUGUAUAAGUGAUACAAUAUCUGAAAUGAAUAGAAACCAAGAAGUUAAUUUAGAUCCAGAGUUUAAACUUUUAUUAGAAAAACUUUAUGGGGCUUGCAAAAUACUUGUAGAACAGAUUCAAAAAUUCU